CCUGGAGCCAUUUUUCGCUCUAGCGAGAGGGAGUUCGCAUCGCAUUUUAAUCGCUUACAUCGGCUGUUUUAGGCUUCAGCAAUUGCACUCAUAUUACAGCGAUGCAUUCCUAACACUGUGCGCUUUCAUCAUUUAUGACUAUUUUAUAUCCACUCGCUCGGAUUUGAGAGAAAACGAGCCUCAAAGCACAAGUGGGACAAAGGGAACCUGCGCCUCUGAGGAUCAUGAGAAAGGGGGUUUCCUCGGUCCCAGGACAAGUCAUGUUAACAGGGGUUGUUAGAGGUGAACAACACGGGGUUUUUAGUGCGGUUUCCGAUCGACGGUGUGCAGCUUAUUCCAAUGCAGCCCGUAUACAAAUAAACACACCGCCGUCCACUAAUAAUGUCUGUGUGCCCGAGGCUUCUGCUGACAGUUUGUACACAACUCCUCUACAAGGAGCGACACAUGGGACAGGACUGCGACCCACACUAGGACGACCACCGGCUAAAAGGAGGCUAGAGCUGGACAUCACAGACCACCAAUACAGCGAACCAGCUAAAACCCUUCGGAGUCGCAAAGGCGCUCUUAAACUGAAGGUCCCCAAAGCUCCCAAAACCCCACCGGAGAAGACCCGAUACGACACAUCCUUGGGAUUCUUGACUAAAAAGUUCUGUCAGCUGCUGGCGCAGUCCUCCGAUGGAGUGCUUGAUCUCAAUAAAGCCGCCAUUGUGCUCAACGUCCAGAAGAGACGUCUGUAUGACAUCACCAACGUGCUGGAAGGGGUGCGCCUCAUCAAGAAGAAGUCAAAGAACAACAUACAAUGGCUGGGCUCCAGUCUGCCGUCAGAGGGUGGGCUUCCAUCUCCGGCCGUACAGAGUCAGAGCCUGGCCAGAGAGAUGCUGGCGCUCACUCAGGAGGAGAGACGCCUGGAUGAGCUCAUUCAGACCUGCACGCGUAACGUCCAGCAGAUGACUGAGGAGAUCCACAGUCAGAAAUAUGCCUAUGUGACCUAUCAGGACAUCCGAAGAAUAAAGAGCCUAAAAGACCAAACUGUCAUAGCAGUUAAGGCACCAUCUGAAACGAAGUUGGAGGUGCCUGAUCCAAAGGAGAGUUUACAGGUCCACCUGAGUAGCUCCAAGGGCCCCAUUGAUGUUUUCCUCUGUACGGAUGGUGGCGAUUCUGGUAGCCUGCUGCAAAACGGCCUUGAUGUGAAUGGAAAUCACCCUGCAUUUCUUAAAGUCUCCCAAGAAGCCGCUACAGAUGUAAUAGCUGAUGGUGUGAAGAUGAACGGCAGCUCUAAUGGUGGCGUCAACGGUUAUGGGCCCCUGACUGGAAGUGCCCCCAUGUCACCCCUCAGUUCCUCCUUGUCCUCCAUUCUCCAACAGCCGGAGGAGUCCAUCCCCUUCGUGCCGCUGUCUCCUGCUCUUCUUAACGACGAAUACAUGCUGAGCUUGGGUGAUGAGCAGGGCAUAAGCGAUCUGUUUGACUCCUGCGACCUGGACACGCUAGCGCUGGAUGACCUGCUCAGGAUAUGAGCGAUCCUGAAGCUCUUUUCAAGUUAGUGGUUGGUGCUUCUUGGUUCCUGAAUGAAAUGCAUUGUUCCUGCAUUGGCGAGAUAGGUGGGGAUAUCUCUGGAGAUGAACUACGGACAAUUUCACGAAUUGUAGAAUUUUCUUGACUGUCACAUUUGACCUCCACCGUUUACGCAUGGAUCUUUAGGUUUGCGGCUGCGGGAUCCAAGGUUUCUGUUGUCUGAUACUGUACAGAUGGGUUUCUGUACCCUGAAAAUGUCAUUUUAAAGUUAUUUUUAGUGUGGUGAAUUGCAUGAGUUGUGUGAUUUUUGUCUGAACUUUGUCAUACUGGUUUUCCUGAUGACCACCUCUACAAAUAUCGCUGAAAGGUCAUGGUUUCUUCAAAAUAUGAGUAUUUAUCAACCCAAUGCAAACGUUUUUGUCCAUUUGAGAUCAUCUUUUGCUUGCUUUCGUGGGAAAAAGAAACCUCUCCGCAUCAUAGGCUAGCUAAAUAUCAAAGAAGAUCAGAGUUGUUCCUUUAUCGAAUGAUCCAAAGUGCAUUUGGUGCUCUAUCAUUUGGUUUGCUUUAUGUCAGUGUACAGUAUCUCAGGGCACAGAUCAAGAGUGAGUGCUUUGUGUGGCGAUCUAGUGACCUCUGGGUAAAAUCAAAUCCGUUUUUCUGAGCUACAGUGUCUUAUCCCUUUUGUUACCAAAUGAUUUGUGCAAAGAAAUGAGGAAGUUGAUGCAUCUCGGUGUGAUUCAUGUGCAAAUGUAAUGAUUCUGCAAGUUCUCCUGUGCUACAGUUUUGGCUUAUUUUGUAAACUUUGGAUUGGAAACUUGAGGUUUGGAUAUGGCCUUCAUGUAGUCCCCCUUAAUGUUGAAUGUAUUUCAGUAUCUGAAUUGCACUGAAGUCUUACGAAGCCAUCAUGGACAUCUGUGGCGUAAAUCGCCACACGAUUAUGAAACUUUUAGUGUCCCACUGAGAAUUGUAGGUUUUCAGUAGCUUUGUUGUGUAGCUCACAUUAAUUCAUUUCCCAGCAUUAUUUCCCCUCAUUUUCUUUGUCCAUUCCAGUUGUUGUUUUUUUUUUUUUUUUUUUUUUUUUUUUGUGUUUUCUGGAAAAGCCUCAUUACAUGCAUCUAAGCAGGCCACUGUUCUACUACUUAUUCCUCUUUAUUCCUUCAGUCCUGCAAAUUAGACUAAGCCGAUCUGUUACUUUAGUUGUAUUUUCUGUAACCCUUUUAGGAAAGUUCAAUUGUUUAAUACUUCAAAUGUGAAGUAACUUGUUAAUGCAGUUUUUGCUGUGGUUAAAGUAAAUUAUGGUACAUAAUUUUGAAUUAGUGCUAAUGUUCACUAGUUCUCUUGAUUCUGCAUUGGAAUGAGGGUGUUGCUCAUAUGCAGCCAUAUUGCAUAGAAAAUGUUAUGAUUAAUCACCAGUAUGUAUUCUAUUUGAAGGUGCGGUUCGAUUUACUCCAAAAUGUAGAAUUUUUUUUUUUAUUUUUUUUUUU